CGCGCUGCCGUACAAACUCAGCCUCGCCUCCAACAUGGCCGCCCAGGCCCCAGCCUCCGGGGCCCAGCAAGGCCGCCGCUGCUUCCUGCUGCUGGAGGCAGGGAGCUGCUAGGGCAGGGAGGCUCCCCUCACACGUCCCCGCCCCCACGCCGGCCCGCAGGGGAGGGAGCAGCGGAGCUGACGGGGGCUCCAUGAGGGACCGGGGCAGCCCCAGGCCGGACCUGCCCAGCCGGCUGACUCCUCCCUUGGGAACGGGGGGGCAGUGGUGCCGCCUUCCCUCGCCUCAUAACUCCAGAGCGCCGGGAGCCUGCAGCCCUGGGCCGGGGGGCUCGAGGGCUCGGACCCCGCCUGGCUCGGGCAGGACUGGGGGCUCACCCCGCUGUUUGCCUCACCCGGGGAGCAGCCUCCUGCGGGGACUGCCGGGGGGCAGCCGCAAUGUUUUCGCUCAAGCCAGCGAGACCCACCUUCAAGUCCUACCUUCUGCCGCAGGUUCAAGACAAAAUAACCCCAGAGCCCAAGAUUAAAAAGCUGGAACCAGUACUUUUGCCAGGUGAAAUUGUGGUAAAUGAAGUCAAUUUUGUGAGAAAAUGUAUUGCAACAGAUACAAGUCAGUAUGAUCUCUGGGGGAAGUUGGUUUGCAGUAACUUCAAGAUUUCAUUUAUUACGGAUGAUCCCAUGCCACUUCAGAAAUUCCAUUAUAAAAACCUCCUCCUUGGUGAACAUGAUGUGCCGCUAACAUGUAUUGAACAAGUUGUCACAGUAAAUGACACAAAGAGGAAACAGAAGGUCCUUGGUCCCAACCAGAAACUUAAAUUUAAUCCAACAGAAUUAAUUAUUUAUUGCAAAGAUUUCCGUAUUGUCCGAUUUCGUUUUGAUGAAGCAGGCCCUGAGAGUGCAAAAAAGGUGUGCCUUGCAGUAGCACAUUAUUCCCAGCCAACAGAUCUCCAGCUCCUUUUUGCAUUUGAAUAUGUUGGGAAAAAAUAUCAUAAUCCAGCAACAGUAAAUGGAAUAGACCCAGGAGGCGGGGGCAGCAGCAGCGGUCAACAGACUCCUUUAUUUGAAACUUAUUCUGAUUGGGAUAGAGAAAUCAAAAGAACAGGCGCAUCAGGAUGGAGAGUUUGUUCAGUCAAUGAAGGUUACAUGAUAUCUACUUGCCUUCCGGAAUACUUUGUAGUCCCAUCUUCCUUAGCAGAUCAAGAUCUAAAGCUCUAUUCUUACUCUUUUAUUGGAAGACGAAUGCCCCUUUGGUGCUGGAAUCACUCUAAUGGGAGUGCUCUUGUGAGAAUGGCCAACAUUAAAGAUGUAUUGCAACAAAGAAAAAUUGAUCAAAGGAUUUGUAAUGCAAUAACUCGAAGUCAUCCACAGAGAAGUGACGUUCAUAAAUCAGAUUUGGACAAGUGUCUGCCUAAUAUCCAGGAAAUCCAGGCUGCAUUUAUCAAACUUAAACAGUUAUGCGUUAAUGAACCUUUUGAAGAAACAGAAGAAAAAUGGUUAUCCUCACUGGAAAAUACUCGUUGGCUAGAGUAUGUCAGAUCAUUCCUUAAGCAUUCUGCUGAACUUGUAUAUACGCUGGACAGUAAGCAUGUCUCAGUAAUUCUGCAAGAGGACGAAGGACGGGACCUGAGCUGUUUCGUAGCCUCCCUCAUUCAAGUAAUGCUGGAUCCCUAUUUUCGGACAAUUGUUGGAUUUCAGAGCCUGAUACAGAAGGAAUGGGUCAUGGCAGGAUAUCAGUUUCUAGAUAGGUGUAACCACUUAAAAAGAGCUGACAAAGAGUCUCCCUUGUUCUUGAUGUUUCUGGACUCGAUUUGGCAACUGCUAGAACAAUAUCCAUCGGCCUUUGAGUUUUCUGAAACAUAUUUGACCAUAUUGUAUGAUAGUACACGGAUCUCAUUGUUUGGCACCUUCCUUUUCAACUGUCCUCACCAGCGAGUAAAGCAGAGCACUGAAUUCGCUAUAAGCAAAAACAUCCAGUUGGGUGAUGAAAAAGGCCUAAAAUUUCCUUCCGUUUGGGACUGGUCUCUUCAGUUUACAACAAGAGAUCGCAUGCUUUUUCACAACCCCUGGUAUAUUGGAAAGAGUGCACCAUGUGUACAGAAUGGGUCUGUGAAAACCUUUAAACGAACAAAGAAAAACUACAGCUCAACACUGAGAGGAAUCCCCCCAUCGUUAAAGAAUGGGAUCAUCAACGAGCAAGAGUUUCUUCCAAGAAGAAAUUCUCUGAUACUAAAACUGAAACCAGACUUUCUUCAGCAGAUGGGUAGCCAGACCAAUAGCAUGGAGCAGUAUUUCAGAGAAUGGUUCUCAAAGCCUGUCGACUUGCAUGGUGUAAUUCUACCCCGUCUGUCUGGAACACACAUAAAACUGUGGAAACUUUGCUACUUCCGCUGGGUUCCUGAGGCCCAAAUUAACAAUGGUGGCUUCAUCACUGCCUUCCAUAAAAUCUCUGUGCUGACAGACCAAGUAGACAUGCUAAACCAGAGUCUUCGGCAGUACAAAAGCAGCUCUUCUUUGCAAGCGAACUGUUCAGAACUGGAUCAAAGCAGGAUGUACUUCAGAGCAAAUGGUUUAAAUGACAAUGCAGGGACCCCAGAUUUUCUCUCCUCCUCAUUCCCAUUUUCUCCAAUAGGGAACUUAUGCAGACGGAGCAUUCUGGGAACACCCUUAAGUAAAUUUUUAAGUGGUGCCAAAAUCUGGCUGUCCACUGAGACACUUGCAAAUGAGGACUAAGAUAUUGUGAUGCUUAAACAUAUGGGGGGAAAUCGCAGACCAUUGUGUCUUCUCUUAAGUUAACACUGCUAACUGCGGCAUCUGAAGCUGUAAUAAUUUUAUUUACAAAUAUUACAUACGUUUUGCACAAAUAUUUAAAAGCAAAGCAAAUCAUGCUUCAAAUCGCACAAUUUUGUUUUCAGUAGUUGUCAUGUAAACUUCUUGUCUGGUUUCUGAUGAUUUCUUCUGUGUUUUCUAGGUCUGGCUUAUUAUGUAAUAUCAGCGAUUUCACUCACUAAUGCAAAGGUUGGGUGUGGUCACUAAUCAGGUUUUCUUUUUGUUUGCAAUGUCUGUUUUCCCAACUGUUGAUUGAAGCUAAUCUUUUAUGUCAACACAGAUUAGCAAAUCAGAUUGGUGAAAACAAACAUCAAGGACAUUUUGCAUUAAUGUAGCCAUAUUGACUGGCAGUUGUAGAAAUCUGGGAACAAACUACUUUGUCACAGUACACGUGUAGUAAGGACACAUUUAUAUGCUUCCAUACUAUCUUUCUGUGACUUGGUUUACUUAGUGUAUGUUGCAUUGGUGCAGUGUGUACUGGUUUUUGUUUUCAGUUACCCUUUAGAGAGACUAUUCAAUUUUUGUUCAAUGUCAUGAGCUUGCAUUUAGUUCACAGGAACUGACUUCAGGACAAUAUGCACUGUUAACCUUAAAAUGUUCACUGUAGAGAAUAAUAUUGUAGCCUUAGAAGUGCCUUUAAUUGGAAUGAAAUAUUAGUAAGAUGUGUCUAACGCACCAUGAAACAUAUGUCUUUCAAUAGGUUAAUGAACUGCCCACUAAUGUAAACAUAAUUUAAUUCAUAAAACAAACUCUGGUAAUCACCAAAAAGCCAAUUAGCCUUCUGAACAGCAGAAACCUUAAAUGACAAUAUGCAAAUUAGCAGGGAAAUUUUCUCUAGACUAAAACAAGACUGAUUUCCUGUCAGUCCCAGAAAAUAAAGAACCUUACCACUCCUAAAACUUUGUUUCUUAAGUGUCCGUUUAUAGGAGUGGAGGUUGUGCUGGGAAAGUCCUCCCCCCCCGCCCCUUGACACAACUGAACUAACUACAAGAUUAGUUAGGGAUGUAUUCUUUUGGCUUCCUUACACAAUCUAUUUUUUUUUAAAGUAUUUCUGAAGUUUUUCCCACCAAAUUUAAAGAUAAAGCAGAUUGAAAAAUGAGAAAUCAUUUUUUGCCAAACAGCUUUUAAAAAAACCUUGUUUUGCAGCAGGCAAGAGCUGGUUAGGAAUUUUCCCAUUUUUUUUGGUUGAAGAAACAUUACUUGAAGCUGGGCAGAACACUUCAAUCAAUGUGCCACAAUAUUCUAGUAGCCAAUUUUUUCCCCCCCCCCCAGAAGGUCUGGUUUCUGCAAAGUCUUCCUCAAAAUAGCUGAGAUAUACUAGAAUAAGUAAAAAUUACUCAAAGUCUGUUGGAACAACAGGUUGGCUUUUCUGUUAUCUUGGGCCUGAUACUUGAUAUACAAGACCUCAACCUGUGUGCUAAUUUUUGGUACCAUAUAUUAAAAUUAAUAAACCACUUUGACUGUUUUUAUGGUAUGAGUAGUAAAAUAGAUUUCCUAAAACGGUUAAUGCUCAUAAGAGUCCAUUUUAGAAUUACCAAAGUUUGGUGAGUAAAUUACUUUAAGUAUUUGGGGAAAACUGUGUUAA